AUGACCAUAGCGUCACUGGCCCAAGACUCACCGGCCACCUCUGUGGGCUUCAUCGGCCUUGGUGCAAUGGGAAAGCCAAUGGUCAUCAAUCUCGCAAAGAAGUUGCCAAAAGGAUCUCAAAUUCACGUCUAUGAUAUCGUUACAGCGGUGGUCGACGAGACGGUAGCUCUGUUUCCUGAUUCGAUCGUCAAAUGUGCAAGCGCCAAAGAAGUCGCCGAGGCAUGCGAUGUGAUCUUGACUAUGCUGCCCGAAGGCGCUCAUGUCAGGUCUGCAUACCUUGAUCCAGAUUCGGGAAUUCUCAGCGCAUUUUCGAUCUCGACGGCCAAGCUCCUGAUCGACUCUUCCACGAUUGAUACGAGCACCAACCUAUAUAUCAAGGAGCAGGUGUUGACGAAAUCUCCGCAAAGUUUGUUCUAUGACGCCCCAGUCAGUGGCGGAGUGAUUGGGGCCGUUGAUGCUUCAAUGGCAUUCUUCCUCGGCUGCUCCGAGUCGGAUCCCAAUCUUUCUCGCUUGACUGCACUCCUCUCCACUAUGGGCGGGAAGGUAAUCCCCUGUGGCGGACCAUCUCUGGGCCUCUCAGCGAAGCUUUCAAACAACUAUCUCUCUGGAGCCAUUGCAAUCGCCUGUUCCGAGGCAAUGGAUAUGGGCAUGCGUGCUGGCGUCGACGCCCAUGUCCUAGCAUCAGUCUUUGGCGCUGGAACGGCUCAAAACACCAUCUGUGACAGGUUCAACCCCGUCCCGGGUGUUUGUCCAAAGGCGCCCGCGUCCAAUGGAUACAAAGGAGGGUUUAGAGUACAGUUGAUGAAGAAGGAUGUUUCGUUGGCUGUCAGCAUGGCAAGAAGACUGGGCUCAAGAAAUGCUCUGGGUUCGACCGUCUUAGGAGUGUACACAGCUGCUAGUGAGGCUUCGGAUUGCAAGGAUCUGGAUUUGAGUUUCAUCCUGAGCUACGUCCCUACCCCCGUUGACGUUGAUGAUCAUGGCCCACGAGAUCAAGCCUGCUCCGCAGUCGACACCACAACACGCAUGGUCUGCAACGCUGCAGUCUUCAUCCAGCCUCCCAUCACCCAUCACUCAACGCUCAACCUCAACACCAUGUGUUUUCUGCUCGAGCACAAGACGGAUCUUGGGUCUGAAUAUGUCCUGUUUGAUUGUGGUUCUCGAAAGGACUUUUGGAAUGGCUCACCUCAGACCAACAAGAUGAUUUCCAGUAACCUUGUGGGGAUGCAGGUCAUCCACGGUGUGGACGAGAUCCUAGCCAGCUCAGGCUUUGAUCUGGCCAAUCUUAAGUCAAUCGUGUGGAGCCACUGGCAUUGGGACCAUAUUGGUGAUGGAUCCAAGUUCCCGGCCUCGGUCGACAUUGUCGUAGGACCAGGCUUCACUGCGGAAUUUGCCCCAGGCUGGCCGGAGAAACCAGACACUCCAGUACUGGCGAGUGAUCUAAGGGGGCAUCGAAUCCACGAGCCCGAGUUCGACACUUCAGUUGCCGGUUUCACUGCUCAUGAUUAUUUCGGAGACGGUUCUUUCUACCUCCUAGAUGUUCCUGGGCAUGCUCUUGGACAUAUUUGUGGGCUCGCAAGAACGACGCCAGAUACCUUCAUUUUCAUGGGAGCUGACGCUUGCCACUUUGCUGGAGCAUUCCGGCCAACACUCUAUCUACCGUUACCUGCAAUCCAUCAUCCCGCCGCAAGAACCUGUUCUGAGGGGGACUCGGAUGUCUCUCGCACCAGUCCAUUCUACAAGGUCUCUAGGGUUCCUGGGACGGUGUACAUACACGGUGACGCCGCACAGGCUAGCAUCGAUAAAUUACGCAUAUUGGACGCUCAUCCAGGAGUCUUCAUCUGCCUCGCCCACGACGCCGCCUUGUUUGAAACGUUGCCUCUAUACAACACCGACCCGGACCAAGACAUCAAUGACUGGAAGACAGCUGGAUACAAGGAGAAUACAAGAUGGGCAUUUCUGAAUGAGCUUCCCAAGGGGGACAGCCCCGGUCGAAAGGCGAUGGUCCAAGGAUUGAAGCGUAAGGGCAAGAUUAUUUUGUGGGACGAAGGUAAAGGAUUUGUUGAUGUCGAGUGA